GAUAAGAAGCAGCAAUGCAGCGGAGACAGGGAAGAGUUAACGCUGGGCUGCUCUUGCUGCUUUAUCAAAUUUCUCAAAUUGGACUCCAGAACAUUCCUUCUGUUACCCUUGGGGUGCUCAUACUGAACGUUUUCCUCUUCCUGAACCCUCUGAAGCCGCUCUCUGAGGUCUGCAUCAGUGUAAAUGAAGGCUUCCACAGACGGGACUGGCAGCGCUUGUUGCUUUCUCCUAUUCACCAUGCAGAUGACUGGCACUUAUAUUAUAACAUGGUUUCCAUGCUGUGGAAGGGGAUCAUGCUGGAAAGAAAGCUUGGGAGCACAUGGUUUGCCUACAUAAUUGUGGUAUUUUCAGUGCUGGUUGGAGUUGUGUAUAUGGUGCUGGAGUUCAUGCUUGUGAAGAUCAUGGAUGAUCCUUCGUACGAAUUCAGUUGUGCCGUAGGAUUUUCAGGAGUCUUGUUUGCUUUGAAAGUCCUCAACAAUUACUACAACCCAGGAAGAGUCAGCAGUGUUCUUGGGUUCCGGAUACCUAGUAAAUAUGCUUGUUGGGUGGAGCUGGUGGCUAUUCAUUUGAUCUCCCCAGGGACUUCUUUUGCUGGGCAUCUGGCGGGGAUUCUUGUUGGACUGAUGUACACUAUGGGACCUCUGAGAAAGGUCAUGAAAGCCUGUGCAGGUGGUUUUCCUUCAUUUACUGACCCAGCCAGGCCUAGGGACUACUAUUACUCAGAGUACUCUGGCUAUGGAGGUUACCAGUACGGAACACCGGGCAGCUAUUACGAUUACACCGGGGGGCUCACUGAAGAGGAGCAGCUCGAGAGGGCAGUGCUGAACAGUCUCCGUGAGAGAGGUUCUGCUGGAGCAACGCAUCGUAACGAGCGGCGGCCCUACGGCUUUUGGUUCCCCCCUGAGCGGCAUUCAGAGGAGGAGAUCCGAAGGCAAAGGCUUCGUAGGUUUGAGAGAUGUUGAAAUGGCAGAGGCUGAUGUGGAAUGCAAAGUGCUCUUCAGAGUCACCAAAAUAUUUGUAGAUUUAUAUUUGUAAUAUGCAGAUUUAUUGUAUAGUUUUCCAGGUUUUUUACUACUGAUGGCAAAACCACAGAAAACUUUG